AUGCACGCCCCCCAGCUGCCCGUGUUCCUCCUGCACGUCUGGUGGGUCCUGCGCCAGGCGGGCGCCGCCACGGUGGCCCCGGUGCCGCUCCGAACGCGGGUACAGCCCUCGUCGCCGUCCCCUCUCGCGUACAUGCUGAGCCUCUACCGGGACCCGCUGCCCCGGGCGGACAUCAUCCGCAGCCUGCAGGCUCAAGAUGUGGAGGUGGAUGGGCAGAACUGGACCUUUGCUUUUGACUUCUCCUUCCUGAGCCAAGUGGAGGAUCUGGUGUGGGCCGAGCUCCGGCUGCAGCUGUCCCGCCCUGUGGACCUGCCCCCCGACGGCCCACUCUCCAUCGAGAUUCUCCACCAGCUAAAGCCCGAUGCGGAGCAGGACCCGGCUGACUGCCACGAGCGUCUUCGGAUGGACCUGUUCACCGUCCCUCUGUCCCAGGUUACCUUUUCCUCAGGCAGCAUGGUCCUGGAGGUGACCAGGCCACUGUCCAAGUGGCUGAAGCACCCUGGGGAGCUGGAGGAGCAGAUGUCCGGUUUGGUCGGAGAGUGUCAGCGGCGGGCUCCCACCCCGCCUGUCACCAGCGUGCUCCUGCUGCUCUACUCCAACCUCUCCCCAGAGCAGAGGCGGCUAGGGGGCUCCACCUUGCUGUGGGAGGCUGAGAGCUCCUGGCGCGCCCGGGAGGGACAGCUGUCCCAGGAGAGGGGCCGGCGGCACCGUCGACAUCACUUGCCGGACAGAAGCCAGCUGUGUCGGAAGGUCAAGUUCCAGGUGGAUUUCAACCUCAUUGGGUGGGGCUCCUGGAUCAUCUACCCGAAGCAAUACAAUGCCUAUCGCUGCGAGGGCGAGUGUCCUAGCCCUGUGGGGGAGGAGUUCCAUCCCACCAACCAUGCGUAUAUCCAGAGUCUACUGAAACGAUACCAGCCCCACCGAGUCCCUUCCACCUGCUGUGCCCCAGUGAAGACCAAGCCACUGAGCAUGCUCUAUGUGGACAACGGCAGGGUCCUCCUGGACCAUCACAGAGACAUGAUUGUGGAAGAAUGUGGGUGCCUUUGACGAGAUCCUGGUGGGGCCGGAUUUGCCUGUACCCUGGGACGUUGGGAAGGUCCUAGAAGACACGAGAACCAUCUAAUGCAAUGAGGAGACACAGAGGGGGAAAGGUUGUUCUGUGUGCUAGACCGAGGAGGAAGGGCUGCCCCCUCGAUAAAGGAAGGCUCUAGGAAAUGUGCCUCAUACGGAGGCUGCUGUCAGGAGAUGGCAGGCUGGUUGGCUGUUCUUCCUGAAGAGAUGGUGGUGACCAGAAGCACUAGGGCAAGGGUUCUUUACUUGACUUCUUAACCUAUGAAUCCCCAGAAAUGAUAGGCAAAAGGUGGGGCAUGUGUGCAUUCAUCUUUGAGGUGGGACAGGUUACCGAUGACUUUUAUGUAUUCUCAGAAGGGGUCUUGGACCAGCCCUGCCCCCGCCCCCCCGC